CAUUCCAUCUCAUCUAAUAUCUUUCAUUCCAUCAUCUCCCACUUUUUAAUACAACCCACCUUUUUCUUCCUUCUUCCCCCUAUUUUACCAUUUCCCCAUUUUCUUCCUCUCUUUCUUUGAGUUUUCUUCAGUUCAACCAAAGAUAUACUACACUUUCUUUCUCUCUCCUCUCUUUUUUUAUGUUCUUCUGAGCUUUUUAUUCUCUUUUAUCCACUACCCCUUUUAACUAGAAGCAAUCCCAUCAAAAAAUUUUAAUACCCUUUUUCUGAUUUUAUGUAUUGAUUGUGUUUAUUGAUUAAAGAUUAAAUUUUGUGAACUGGGUUUUUGGUUAAAUUCACUUUUGUACUUCUUACUGAUUUUUUGAAUCAGGAAAAUAAAAAAAGAGUAGGUCUUGUAUAGUUGACUAGGAGAUGGGGUGUUUCUCUUGUUUUGAAUCAAAGGAAGAAGAAAGAUUGAAUCCAACUUCUGGUGAUAAAGAUUACAAUAAAGAUGCCCCUUCUAAUUCCAAUAUCUCUAAAUUAUCAUCUGGAGCUGAUCGGCUGAAAGCGCGAAACAAUGUUGGGCCAAGGCAAGAAUCUUCAAUUUCUAAGGAUGGACCGGACACCAAUAUUAGUAGUAGUGCCCAGACAUUCACAUUUCGCGAGCUUGCAAUUGCGACUAAGAACUUCAGGGAUGAGUGCUUUCUUGGGGAAGGGGGUUUUGGGCGUGUUUACAAAGGGCGGUUGGAGACUGGUCAGGUAGUUGCUGUUAAGCAAUUAGACAGAAAUGGUCUCCAAGGCAACAGAGAGUUUCUUGUAGAGGUUCUUAUGCUCAGUCUUUUACAUCAACCGAAUUUAGUGAAUCUGAUUGGAUAUUGCGCUGAUGGUGAUCAGAGGUUACUUGUAUAUGAAUACAUGGCGCUGGGAUCAUUAGAAGAUCAUCUACAUGAUCUUCCACCCGAUAAAGAACCACUUGACUGGAAUACCAGGAUGAAGAUUGCAGCUGGAGCAGCAAAAGGUUUGGAGUACCUCCAUGAUAAAGCAAACCCGCCAGUUAUCUACCGAGAUUUCAAAUCAUCUAACAUAUUGUUAGAUGAAGGGUUCCAGCCAAAGCUUUCUGAUUUUGGGCUUGCUAAACUAGGACCUACUGGUGACAAGUCACAUGUUUCUACUAGGGUGAUGGGCACUUAUGGUUAUUGUGCUCCUGAAUAUGCUAUGACAGGGCAAUUGACUGUGAAGUCAGAUGUUUAUAGCUUUGGAGUAGUCUUCUUGGAGUUGAUAACUGGUCGUCGAGCCAUUGACAGUGACCGACCUCAUGGAGAGCAGAACCUUGUAGCAUGGGCACGCCCAUUGUUCAAUGAUCGCCGGAAAUUUUUGAAAUUGGCAGACCCCCGUCUACAAGGUAAAUUUCCAACUAGAGGACUUUACCAAGCUUUGGCGGUUGCAUCUAUGUGCAUACAAGAAAACGCAGCUGCUCGUCCUCUUAUCGGAGAUGUUGUUACCGCACUCUCGUAUCUGGCCAACCAAGCAUAUGAUAAAGAUAGGAGCAGAGAUGAGAACGGUGGGAAAAUUGUGAGGGGUGAAGACGGGGCAACUUCAGGUAGAAAAUGGGAUUUGGAGGGAGGCUCAGAUGAUUCCCCUAGAGAAACAGCUAGAAUGUUGAAUAAGGAUUCAGAGAGAGAACGUGCUGUUGCUGAGGCCAAAAUGUGGGGUGAGAAUUUGCGGGAUAAGAGACGACAAACAUUGGAUUUAGAGGGCGGAUCUGAAAAAGACGAUUCUCCAAAAGAAACGGCAAGGAUGUUGAAUCGAGAUUCGGACCGAGAGAGAGCAGUUGCUGAGGCCAAGAUGUGGGGGGAGAAUUUAAGGGAGAAAAGAAGGCAAAGCGCUCAAGGCACAGAUGACAACUUGGACGGGUGAUUCUGAUUCACCCUUUCGAGCUUGUACAGUGUCAGAAACCAGGCCUGAAGUUGAUGGUCAGGGCAGGCUAACUAGAGGGUGUACUAGUCUAUGCUAUGCCCUCGGGUUGCCACCUUUUUUUGCCUUGCCAAAUUUACCAAACUUAGGAAAAGAGUGAGGCUAAAUGGAGAACGGUUCUCCAGCGUACAGGCUAGUGAGGGCAUUUUGGUAAAUCCACUUGGUGUGGGCCGUAGACCAAUUUUGUUCUCCAUUUAGCCUUUUUUCUUACGGAAAUGUGUCGAGGCUGUGUAUGGAGGAUCAGAAUUGCCCACCAUGUAUGUUUGACCUUAGAAUUUUUUUUUUUGGAAUUUAUAUUUCUUGAUAAGAUUGGCGGAUAUCAGGAAAAUGAUGUUGAAGGGGGGGUAUAAUGCAUAGAAGAAUCAGAGUGUACAUCUUCGGUAUGAAAGAACAGGCACCUUUGGCUCCUUGUAAAACAUUUCAGAAUUCAAGAGUCGUUUUGCCAAA